UAAUGAAACAAUCAUAGGUCAUUAAAAUACCUAAUCGUGUUAAAGAGACGGGGCAUUAGCUUCUAAUUUCUAUCGAAUAUUGAUUCAUUAAAUGUUUGCUGAUUAGGUAGUGAUUGUUUUUGCAACCCGCCAAUAAUGUAUUAAUGUCUGAAGUUGUGACGUCUGUUGAGUGUUGAUCGUUAAAAAGUGAAUACUAAACUUUGACCUCGACUGUUUACCAUACAUACGUAUCAUUGUAUCAAUAUUACAGUAUAAACUAUAAUGUACAUACAUAUUACAAUAUAUAUUUCUAUAUAGCCAUAUAGCCAUGUAGGUACCUUAGAUUGCUAACUUAUAAACUAGAAGCAUGACAUCAUGGUCAUAUACACAAAAACACAACAUGUAUUAAUAAUAUGAUCAAAGCCCUAAGCUAACACAUGUUCGUUAUCAGUUGCGAUAACGAUGUCGUUAUCAGACGUUACUCUUUAAACAACAGAAAAAAAAAACAAUAUCGAACGAAACGAUAUUACUUACGUCCAAUUCGAUUUCGUAAUACUACUUCAAUAUAUAUCGUCUCAAUUACUUCACAGUUUGCGACGUUUGCGUUAAUGACUGCAGCGUACUGAAAAAAAUUACGCAUCACGAACGUUUCCUGAUGUCAUUUUCUAUGUCAAGGACAAUGGUGGUGGCCCACAGCUGCCAAAUAUAUUGUCAACAGACUUCAACGUUCAUUGUAUGAAUGAUGGAAUACGAAAAAUAUCUCCGACCACUUCAGCAUGCAUGAUGGCACACGAUACGCAGAAAAAUGAUCCCAACUCUACAAAUGUGUUGCACAGUUUGGCGGCGGGAGCCAUCGCCGGAGCUUUAGCCAAGAGUACAAUUGCUCCAUUAGAUAGAACUAAAAUCAAUUUUCAAAUAUCUCAAGAGCCAUACUCUGGUAGAGCUGCGUUUAAAUUUUUGGCUGAUACUUAUGCAAAAGAUGGUUUUAUUUGGCUAUGGCGAGGCAAUACAGCCACCAUGACCAGAAUCAUCCCAUAUGCAGCCAUUCAAUUUACAGCAUUUGAACAAUGGCGAAAAUUGCUGAAGGUUGAUUCUCUAAACACAAAAAAUAAUGGAGGUCUUAAGUUUCUUUCUGGAUCAUUAGCUGGAGUCACAUCACAAACGCUCACUUAUCCUCUAGACUUGGCAAGAGCAAGAAUGGCAGUUUCUACCAAAAAUGAUUAUAAGUCGUUGGGAGAUGUUUUCAAAAAAACUUUCAAAGUUGAAGGGAUAAAAGGCUUUUAUCGAGGUUAUGUGCCAACAAUACUAGGCAUUAUACCUUAUGCAGGUACAAGUUUUUUCACUUAUGGCUCGUUAAAGUCAUUUAUGAAAGAAAAACAUGGAUAUGAAAAUACGAUUGUGAAUUUAGCAUGUGGUGCAGUGGCAGGUAUGGCUGGUCAAUCAUCAUCAUAUCCUCUAGAUAUUAUUAGGCGAAAGAUGCAAACAUCAAUAAUUACUGGAAUAAAUUACACUAAUCUCAGAACGACAUUUAUAAUAAUUUAUAAAACUGAAGGCAUUAGACAAGGAUUUUUCAAGGGCCUAAGUAUGAAUUGGAUUAAAGGUCCGAUUGCUACUGGAAUCAGUUUUGCUACAUAUGAUUUUGUAAGGAAAACUUUGAAGAACAUUUGAAGUUUUUAAUAUUAAUUUACAUCACUACUGUGCCUAAUUUGAUCAUAUUGUUACCAUUAGAUUGUAUUGAUUUUAUUUGUUUGAAGCCUUUUAAUGUGUAUGAAUUUUAACAAAUUUUCUAAAAUUAAGUAAUUACUUAUAUUUUUUAAAAUAAUAUAAU